GGCCAUUAGAAGCGGAGGACACGCGCACGGCGGUCGCCCCGCAAACAAAAACUCGCCGCGGUUUUACAGCCAACGAAGGCGCAGCAAAGCAAACGCGGCGGCGCAGCGCUCGCCGUCGCCGGACUUCCUCCCCCCCCCCGCUCCGAUUCCGUCCAGAUACUGAGUGAAAACCUGCUGCUAAGAUGGGUAGCACAGAACACCCAAUUCCUGCGCAGUCACCUGCUUGCCCAACUGUGAGCGAAGGGGGGUCGGCUGCUCCAGCUCCUGCUACUGAUUCAAAGCCAAAGAAGAAGAUAUGCUGUGCGUGCCCUGAUACGAAGAGGCUGAGAGACGAGUGCAUCGUCGAGCAUGGGGAAUCUGCGUGCACCAAGUGGAUCGAAGCUCACAAGCGGUGCCUCCGAGCUGAGGGUUUUAAUGUCUGAAUUUUCUCUAGUCAUCUAAAGGUAUUACAUUUACUUUUAUAGAAGAAGUGAUAGAAUAUCCGGUUUGAGACUUGAGAUGCAAAUUGGAUCCAAGAGAUUAGCUGCCCUGUUUUUGCAUGUUAUCGAAGUGAUAGAAUAUCCGGUUUGUGAAUUGAGAUGCAAAUUGAAUCCAGAGAUUAGCUGCCCUGUUUUUGCAUGUUAUCCCUGUAUGUCAGGGAACUUAUUUUCAUGAUAAAUAAAGGUACUUCCGUUACUGGUGACACUAUA